AUGGCCGAGACAGCAGCUGUAAUACCAAGAGAUGAAGAGGAGAUCCUAAACAGCAGUGAUGAUGAAGACCGAUUUCUGACUCAUGAUGUUGUGUCAGCAUCCCCUGGUUGCUCUGCCAGCCCUUCACCAGACAGCCUUAACAAGGACAAGGGCAGCCCAGCCGUGCCAGAAAGACUGUCUGUCCUCUCCAGCAGGGCAGUGGCCCAGCUGAAAGCCCUGACUAGCCCAGACAUGGCCAGGGGUGGCCAGGCACAGAGGACGGCCCCUGGGCUGGCUGAGCAUCCUCUGGCAGCUGUAGAUGCCUUGUUAGGUUCCUCCUCAUGCCCUGCAGCAGCUGACAACAUGCUCAGCUCCCUGCCUGCCAAAAGCCCCUGCUGCCAUGGCAGAUUGCCUUCGGAGACGCUGCAGGCCCCAGCGGUGCCCGGUGAGGCCAGCGAGGCCCGGCAGGCUGGGAAUGACACGCAGCAGGCUGGGAAUGACACGCAGCAGGCUGGGAAUGACACGCAGCAGGCUGGGAGAGGCACCGAGCGCGACCAGGCCUCUUGCAGCUUGGGCCGUGUGAUUGGGAUGAAGAGCGCAACAGUAAUGGAGACCUUAGAAAACAAGAAAAAGGAGGAAAAGGAGAAGUACCGGCUCCAGCUAGCUAUGUACCGACGGCUCCUGCUGUUGCGCUCCAUCAGGAGUUUGCACAGGCAGCUGGAGCAGCAGCAGGCCAGGCUGCAGGAAUGCUAUGGCACGGUGAUAAAUACGAAAAAAGAAGUGUUGAAACACAUUUGCUCAACCUCGCCCUCACCUUUGCCGUAA